UAACCGAAAAUCCUCUUCCUCUCCCUCUACCUCUCUCACUCGAAGUCUCGAAGAGCCGCUCAAAAUGUUCUAUUCGCAGACGUUUCUGGCUCGUAAAGGUCCGCUAGGCACCGUCUGGUGUGCCGCUCAUCUCCAGCACCGACUCAAAAAGUCUCACUACACCUCCACCAACAUCCCCUCUACCGUCGAUCGUAUUAUGUUUCCGGAAGUUCCGAUUGCAUAGAUGUCGGGGCAUCUUCUGUUAGGCGUGGUUCGGAUCUAUUCGAAGAAAGUUGAUUAUCUAUCCUGACGUAAUGUCGUUUUGAUUGGGUUGAGAAAAACUUUUACUCCUGUUAAUGAUUUGCCUGAGGAUGCCACGCAAGCUCAGAUCAAAUUCCGCGCGGAGAGAUAUUAUGUUGCGAUAUCUUUUGAUGAGGAUGUUAUGAUGGAUUCCACGCGGGCCAGAAGAGUUCCAAAUUCGGGGGUUGGACAAAGAGAGAACAUUCUUCCUGUACCUCCAACGGAUGCUGAUGCGGGUUUUCAACCCGGUCCAAGUAAUCAGACAGAAGUAUUUAGUGAGACUGUGGAUGAUCAAAAUACUGGUCUAAGUAAUCAGAGAGAACCACUUAGUGAGCCUGUGGACUUGCAACAUCCUGGUGUAAGUAAUCAGACAGAUGUUCUUGAUAGAACAGAGGAUUUUCGAGAACCUGGUCCAAGCAAUCAGACAGAUGUUCUUGAUAGAACAGUGGAUUUCGGAGAACCUGGUCCAAGCAAUCAGACAGAAGAUCUUGAUCGAAGGCAAACUGAUCAGAUUUCUCCUCCUAGUGUUCCAGAAUUUGAAGUUAUGCGUGAUGCUACCCAUGAUUUUAGCCCUGCAAACAUUCCUGCAUUGUUUUCAGAUCAUGGACAUGGUGCGACUGAGCCUUUAGGAUCUCCAGACAAGAAUUUAAAUGAGAAGGAAGUUCAUACUCCAAAUUUGGAGGAUGUAUUAGAGUCUGGAGGGGUCUCCUUACAAUAUCAGCAACUUACAGAACCACCAGCUUCCGCUGUUCCACAAGAAGCACCUGAGAUUUUUGAUACACAUAUUUCCCUUGGGCAGUCAACUCCUGCAUUGGCUAUCCGAUCAACUCCUCCUGUACAGCAGAAAAAACCAAAAGCACGGAAGAGAAAACUUCUCGAUAAGUCCAUAGUGUUGUCUAAUAAGUUUAUGAAGAAAGCACUUGAAGAUUACAGUGAUUUAUUAAGGAAGAAGAGAAAUAUGCCUGGCUCUGAUUUGGGUGUGUGGAAGUUAAACAACCAUGUAAGAAAGGAGCAAGUCUUUCAUGAGCCAUCAUUAACUGGGUUGUGUGAAGAUGUCUGCAAUAUCUUCAAAAAGGACUAUAUCUCAACCAAACCCCAUUUGGUUGCUACUGAGGAAGAUAUCUCACAACCCAUGGCUACAGAUUCUCUUGCACCUGAAACAGAACCUAUCCUGGAGCCCCUGAUUACAGAUUCUCCAGCUCCUCAGGCUGAAGCUAUCCUGGAUCCUGGGGUUGUGCAGUCUCCUUUGCACACAACUGAAACUAUCCUGCAGCCUAGGAUUGUAGAAUCUCCUCAUCACUCCACUGAAGCUAUCCAAGAGCCUAGUGUGGCACAUUCUUCUAGGCCGGUGCCUGAAAAUGAUAUAGAAAUUGAAAGAUUUAGAUAUGAGGAAAGCAAUAUCGGCAAUGAUAAUUUACCUGAAUUUAUGGCUUCUCCUCCUAGAAAAGAUGACUUUACUCCUUUCUCAACUAAUACUUUAGGAUCUGAGUCGGUGCCUCAGGCAGGAACAACUGUCAGGUCUCCAACGCUAUCCACACCAGAUGUUGCAGCUUCAACUGGAACUCAUGGAUCUGAGCUUGAAACACCAAGAACACUUUUAGAGGAGCGGAUAGGACUUGAGUACACUGGGCUAUCUGAUAUUCCUGAGUUAAUAAAUUCUGCUGAAGACCUUAGUUUCCUGGAAGCAGAAAACAAUACACCAACAGGAUCCCAAGUAAGUCAAGGAGUUGACUCACUGUCUGUGAGAACCAGGGCUGUGGCUCAAUAUCUAAAACAACAUUCUCCUAUUACUGCGGUCUUAGAAGACCCAUCUGGGCAACUCAGUUUGAACAAGAUCUUAACAGCGAAAACAAGAAAGUUGUGUGCUAGAAUGUUUUUUGAGACGUUGGUUUUGAAGACCCAUGGACUUAUUGAUGUGCAGCAAGAAGAGCCUUAUGGUGAUAUUACUUUAAAGUUGACUGAAACGCUCUCAAAGGCAGAUAUAUGAGGUUAUAUAUAAGUUAUCUAACAUGCUUGGGGGCCCUUCAUUUGUAUAAAGGUAGAAGUCAGAGUGGCAGAAAAAGGUUUUUGUAGCAUUUGUAAAAAUAUAGACAACUAGAGGUGAUGCUAAUUUAAUCUAGUCAAAUGUAGUGUCUCAGUUAUUUAGACUCCUGCUAGAGGUGAACUUAAUUUGAUUUAAUCAACAAGGGAGUUCUAAAUUAAUGUAAUUACUGAAAUAUUCCUUGGUUUUUCUGUAACUAAAUGCUCCCCUUCAAUAAUAUUAUGGAAUUAUUUUGCUUUUUG